AUGGCCGCAAAACGCAAGGCCGCUGCCAUGGCUCCCGGCAGCGAUGAGCCCGUCGAUCCUUCCGACGAGCUUCUCUUCUACUGCUUGGGUGGUGGCAAUGAGGUCGGCCGGUCGAGUCACAUCAUACAGUACAAGGGCAAGACGGUCAUGCUUGACGCUGGCAUGCACCCGGCAUACGAUGGUCUUGCCGCGUUGCCAUUCUACGACGAGUUCGACCUAAGCACCGUCGACGUAUUGUUGAUCAGCCAUUUCCACAUCGACCAUGCUGCCUCCCUCCCCUACGUGCUGUCCAAGACGAACUUCAAAGGCCGCGUCUUCAUGACGCACCCGACCAAGGCAAUCUACAAGUGGCUUAUCCAGGACAGUGUCCGUGUUGGGAACAUCUCGUCUUCUUCGGAGUCUCGCAUCCAGCUCUACACUGAAGCCGACCACCUUUCAACCUUCCCGCAGAUCGAGGCUAUCGACUACUACACAACACAUACUAUCUCUUCCAUUCGCAUCACACCUUAUCCUGCUGGCCACGUUCUCGGUGCAGCCAUGUUCCUGAUCGAAAUCGCGGGCCUGAAGAUCCUGUUCACUGGAGACUAUUCGCGCGAAGAGGAUCGACACUUGAUCUCUGCCGAGGUCCCCAAGAACGUCAAGGUUGACGUGCUUAUUACCGAGAGUACCUUCGGUAUUGCAUCGCACAUUCCCCGGCUAGAGCGUGAGGCUGCUCUGAUGAAAUCAAUCACUGGGAUUAUAAACCGUGGCGGUCGCGCACUUCUUCCGGUCUUCGCCCUUGGACGUGCACAAGAGCUGCUACUCAUUCUGGAUGAGUACUGGGGAAAGCACCCGGAGUUCCAGAAGAUCCCCAUCUAUUACGCUUCCAACAUCGCCCGUAAGUGUAUGGUGGUAUAUCAGACAUACGUUUACGCCAUGAACGACAAUAUCAAGAGACUGUUCCGAGAGCGCAUGGAGGAAGCAGAGAGGAAUGGCGACGCGUCAAAGGCUGGUCCUUGGGAUUUUAAAUAUGUUCGUUCACUCAAGUCGCUUGAGCGUUUCGACGAUGUGGGCAGCUGCGUCAUGCUGGCAUCCCCUGGUAUGAUGCAGAACGGCGUCAGCCGUGAGCUUCUAGAGAGGUGGGCACCCGACCAGCGCAACGGUGUAAUCAUGACUGGUUACUCCGUUGAGGGCACAAUGGCCCACGUCGACGGUACAGAAAACAGGGAAUUCAUCGAAGAAGUCUCUGCACCAGUAGUGAUUCUCGUACACGGCGAGAAGCACAACAUGAUGCGUCUGAAGUCCAAGCUUCUCUCCUUGAACGCCGACAAGAAGCAGCCCGUCAAGGUCUUCAGCCCUGCAAACUGCGAGGAGCUCCGUAUUCCCUUCAAAGCGGACAAGAUUGCCAAGGUAGUCGGCAAGCUUGCUCAAAUACCGCCGCCGAUGCCACAGCGCCUGAAGCGCGAAGAUGGCGCAGACGGCGAAGCAGAGGAUGAGGAUGAGGAAGAACAGCAACCCCAACUGAUCAGCGGAGUGUUGGUGCAAAACGACUUUAAGAUGUCGCUCAUGGCGCCCGAAGACCUGCGCGAGUACGCUGGCUUGACAACGACUACCAUCGCCUGUCGCCAACACCUUACAUUAAGCGCCGCAGGCAUCGACCUCAUCCGCUGGGCGCUAGAAGGCACCUUCGGCGCCAUCAAGCAAGUCAGCGGCAAAGACGCAGCCAUUAACGGCAAGGCGGAAGCGAACGGCAACGGCGAGCACAAAGCCGACGACGACGAAAUCGCGAUGGACGAAGCAGACGAGGAGGUAGAUCGAUCGACGACGAGCUUCGUCAUCAUGGACUGCGUGGCCGUGCACUGCCAGGGCGGCGGCCGCGUCGAGGUCGAGUGGGAGGGCAACAUGAUCAACGACGGCAUCGCCGACGCCGUGCUCGCCGUCCUGUUCUCGGUCGAGAGCAGCCCGGCCGCCGUCAAGCAGUCGGCCUCGAAGCACUCGCACAACCAUCAUCACAACCACCACAACCCCCAUGCCGCCUCCGACCCCCGCACUCGCUUCGACCGCCUCUGCAUGUUCCUCGAGGCCCAGUUCGGCGCCGCAAACAUCACGCCCCUCGCCCACCCCAAGCUGCCCGACAACCCCGCAGCUGCUGUCGUCGACCCUUCCGAGCCGCCUGCAAAGACGGUCUCUAUCGCUGCCGGAGUUGCGGGAGAGGAGACGGAGUCCUUCUCGCCGGAGGAGCAGGCUGAGCUCAAGCGCCUGCACGCCCUCGGCAUUCCCGUGCCCGGCAUCUCGAUCAAGGUUGACAAGAUGGUGGCGCGCGUGUGGCUCGAGAGUCUGGAUGUUGAGUGUGCCAAUGGCGUGCUGAGGGACCGCGUGAGGGCCGUCGUGGAGAGGGCAGUUGAGACGGUGGCGCCGAUUUGGAGGGAGUAA